AUGGCGGUGUCCGCGGCCAGGGUGGCCGUCGCCACGGCCGUCUCCUUAGCCGUGCACUGGCUCCUCAGGUCCUUCCUCCAGGCGCAGCACCCCUCGCUUGGCAUGCUCCUCCCGGCCGCCGUCUUCCUCGGCAUUGCCGCGACUGGCAACGCUGGCGCCGCCAACGCGCCGCCGGGGCCGGCGGCCGUGCCCGUGUUCGGCAACUGGCUGCAGGUGGGCAACGACCUCAGCCACCGCUUCCUGGCGCGCCUGUCCGCGCGGUACGGGCCCGUCUUCCGCCUCCGCCUCGGCGUGCGCAACCUGGUGGUCGUCUCCGACCCGCGCCUCGCCACGGAGGUGCUGCACACGCAGGGGGUGGAGUUCGGCUCCCGCCCCCGCAACGUCGUCUUCGACAUCUUCACCGCCAACGGCGCCGACAUGGUCUUCACCGAGUACGGCGACCACUGGCGCCGCAUGCGCCGUGUCAUGACGCUGCCCUUUUUCACCGCGCGCGUGGUGCAGCAGUACAGGGACAUGUGGGAGGCCGAGAUGGACGCCGUCGUCUCCGACAUCUCCGCGGACGGCGCGGCCCAGCGCGCCGGCUUCGUCGUGCGCCGCAGGCUGCAGCUCAUGCUCUACAACAUCAUGUACCGGAUGAUGUUCGACGCGGGCUUCGACUCUGUCGACGACCCCAUGUUCGUGGAGGCCACCAGGUUCAACUCCGAGCGCAGCCGCCUCGCGCAGAGCUUCGACUACAACUACGGCGACUUCAUCCCCAUCCUGCGCCCCUUCCUGCGCGGCUACCUCAGGAAGUGCAAGGACCUGCAGACCAGGAGGCUCGCCUUCUUCAACAACAACUACGUCGAGAAGAGAAGAAAGGUCAUGGACACGCCGGGGGACAAGAACAAGCUCAGGUGCGCCAUCGACCACAUCCUCCAGGCGGAGAAGAACGGCGAGAUCACCUCGGAGAACGUCAUCUACAUCGUCGAGAACAUCAACGUCGCGGCCAUCGAGACCACGCUCUGGUCCAUCGAGUGGGCGCUCGCAGAGGUCGUCAACCACCCGGUUGUGCAGCGCAAGGUCCGCGACGAGAUCAAGGCCGUCGUCAGCGACGACGAGCCCAUCACAGAGUCCACCAUCCACAGCCUCCCCUACCUGCAGGCCGUCAUCAAGGAGACGCUGCGCCUCCACUCGCCCAUCCCGCUCCUCGUCCCGCACAUGAACCUCGAGGAGGCCAAGCUCGGCGGCUACACCAUCCCCAAGGGCUCCAAGGUGGUGGUCAACGCAUGGUGGCUGGCCAACAAUCCGGAGCUGUGGGAGAAGCCCGAGGAGUUCCGGCCGGAGCGGUUCCUUGGCGAGGAGAAGAGCGUGGACGCCACCGUCGGCGGGAAGGUGGACUUCCGGUUCCUGCCGUUCGGCGUGGGCCGCCGCAGCUGCCCCGGGAUCAUCCUGGCGCUGCCCAUCCUCGCGCUCAUCGUCGGGAAGCUCGUGCGCAGCUUCGAGAUGGUACCACCGCCGGGCGUGGAGAAGCUCGACGUCAGCGAGAAAGGAGGACAGUUCAGCCUGCACAUUGCAAAGCACUCUGUCAUCGCCUUCCACCCCGUCUCUGCAUGA